AAGUACACCGGCCAGCAAAAGACUACUACUCUCUCCCUUUCUCUCUCUAACAAGGAGCGUGCUGGCAAUUAAAUAACCCGUGUAGAAAACUCCACAACGGUCGAUUUCCUCUCUCUAUUUCCUUUCCCCCUUUUCCAGUUUUCAUCCGCUCCACAUUCUGUAAUUUAUUCAUUAUAGUAAUUCCUCCUCUUGUACAUAUACUUAUUUAUUGACCGUAUUAAUUUCUCUGUUCUUUUCAUGGUUUUUUGAGAUACAACCUCGAAAUAACCAGUAUGAAGACCUUUUCUCUGUCAAUGUAGUAUUUUCUCUCUCUUGGAUUUGUUCAAAUUCUAUCAGCGUAGGGGACCUUCCACUUUCCUACCAACUUUCAUCUAAGAAGACUGGCAAAAGAAAAUCCAAAGCCCCAAUUUCUUCGUAAGCAUUGUUAUAAAUUUUUAUUAUUAUUUCUCUCUCUAUAGAAAACCCAUUGUGGUUUUUCUGUAAUUUGUCAAUUUUCUUUCUCUAUAGGAAACCCAUAUCUGGUUCCUCUCACUCGUUUCCAUUUCUUGAACCUGUCAAUCUUCUCUUUCUCUCUCUACAUAUUACCCAAGUUCUUUAUUUCCCUUGAGGUUUGAGACUUCUCUUAUUUUUGCAUAUAUAAACAUCCUCUCUCUGUUCUCCUUGUAGUUUCAGUCUUUCCCGUUAUUGGGGUUUGUUCAUCGUCUUUCUCUAACGAAAACCCAUCUCUGACUUUUAUUGUUAGUUUCUCUUUGUUCUGUUCUUCCUGGUCCUUUCAUCUUCUCUCUCUAGGGAAACCCCAUCUCUGCUUGGUUUCUAUUUCUCUUUCUUUUUGCGUCUGUUGGUUUUCUCUCUCUAAAGAACUUUUCGUGGGUCUUUUGAUUCCCUAUCUAAAUAUCAUAUAACCCAACAUGUCAAGACCCACCUCAAGAACACCCCCCAAACCUAGGGUUUUCAAGCAUUCAUCUGGUGAUUUCGGGUCCUCAAACCCAUUCGAUUCAGACUCUGAGUCUGAUUCCAAACCACCAAGAACCUCCUCUGCACCUGUUCUUGACAAAUUCUCAAAAAACCCAUUUGAUGAUGAUGAUGCUCAUCUCAAAGGUCGUGGAUCUUCAUCCACUAAUUCUAAGACCUCUUCUCUCUCCCGAAACCCUUUCAGUGAUGGAGAAGAAGACCAUGAAACCCCUUCCAUACCCAAAAAAGCAAACCAUAGAACCCCAAAGUCUGAUGAGAGUUCUUAUAGAAUUAGGGGUGGGAAAUUUGUUUCUCAUGUGAAGGAUAAGGCCUUAUCAGUUGGGGAAUCAGCCAUGAAAACCGCGGAAAAAUUGAAGGAGAGUAGUGUUUUACAGGCUCAAAAAAUCACUGCUAAGAAAACAAAAGGAGAGAUCAAUUUGAACCCAGAUUUUGAUAUCCAGAACAGAGAGCAAUUGUUUGAUGAGGGAGAAAGGAAUUCAUCUAGCACCACUGGUUUUUCAAUUGCUAGAAACCAUUAUAAGAAUGACUUUAGGGACAGUGGUGGCUUGGAGAAUCAAACUGUUGAGGAAUUGGAGAAAUAUGCAGUGUACAAAUCAGAGGAAACGACGACAACUGUCAAUAAUUGUUUGAAGAUUGCAGGGGAGAUGAAAGAGGAUGCGACGAGGACUUUGAUCACUUUGCACCAACAGGGUGAGCAAAUUCACCGAACCCAUCUCGUGGCUGCUGAUAUUGAUCAUGAUCUUAGUAAAGGGGAGAAGCUUCUUGGAAGUCUUGGUGGGAUAUUCUCUAAAACUUGGAAACCAAAAAAGACCCGAGCAAUCAUGGGUCCUACAAUUGUGCGAGAUGACUCAUUCAAAAGACGAGGAAACCACUUAGAGCAAAGGGAGAGGCUGGGUCUCAGUCAUAGCCCCAAAGGACGUUCAAGCAGUCACCAGCGUUCUUCUGCGCCUCCAGGGAGUGCUUUUGAACAAAUUGAGUUACAGAAGGGAAAGCAGGAUGAUGCUCUUUCAGAUUUGAGCAACAUGCUGGGAGAGCUAAAGGACAUGGCUCUCGAUAUGGGAUCAGAAAUAGAAGGGCAAAAUAAAGCAUUGGAUAAUCUCAACGAUGAUGUUGAUGAGUUGGGUUUCAGAGUUAAAAAUGCAAACCUUCGAGGUCGACACUUGCUUCGGAAGUGAACUGUUUCCUGUCAAACUUUUAACUGUUAAAUUGCUCGAUUUUCAGAGUGCAAUUGGUGCAUGUUAAUGGACAUAUUUUGGUUCAAGAUGUUAGUGCAAUAUAAUUUUUCUGUUUGCUUUUCAUAGUGCUGGGAAACCUUUCUCCAUGUCUCUCUGCAUACAUAGGACCUACAACCGUAUACUCAAAGAGCAGUUGGGAGUGAGUUGAAAGCAAUAUCACGUACUGGUGUUAAUUGUCCCAGUCACAAUUAAUGCACAAAGAAAUUAUUAGUUCACUCGGUGGAGCUGUGCAAUCAAGAUUAGAUAGCUAGAUGUCUCUAUACAUUUAUAUUGUGAUUUACAUGAUACAGCCGUAACAUUGCUUGUAUG